AUGGAGCGCGUGCUGGAGGGGUCCGAGGCCUGGAGCGCGGGCGUGCCCCGGGGCGGCGACUGGCUGGCUGGGACCCUCAGUCCCGUCCUCCUGCCUCAGGCCAGCAGGAAGACCAAGAAGAAGGAGGGUGGGGCCCUGCGCGCCCAGAGGGCGUCCUCCAACGUCUUCUCCAACUUCGAGCAGACCCAGAUCCAGGAGUUCAAGGAGGCAUUCACUCUCAUGGAUCAGAACCGAGACGGCUUCAUCGACAAGGAGGACCUGAAGGACACCUACGCCUCCUUGGGCAAGACCAACGUCAAGGAUGACGAGCUGGAUGCCAUGCUCCGGGAGGCCUCGGGGCCCAUCAACUUCACCAUGUUCCUGAACCUGUUUGGGGAGAAGCUGACUGGCACGGACACUGAGGAGACCAUCCUGAAUGCCUUCAAGAUGCUGGAUCCCGACGGCAAAGGCAGCAUCCACAAGGAGUACAUCAAGCGCCUGCUGAUGUCCCAGGCUGACAAGAUGACUGCGACUGAGGUGGACCAGAUGCUGGAGUUCGCCUCCAUCGAUGCAGCAGGCAACCUGGACUAUAAGGCGCUGAGCUACGUGCUCACCCACGGGGAGGAGAAGGAGUGAGGCUGCUCCCGCCAGGCUGUGGCAGUUCAAUAAACAUGGACCCACACACCUGCCUGCCAGUGUCUGCCCAGUUGUCUCUGCUUUGGCCUGGGGCCCCUCUGCUGGCAGCCUGCCCACCUGUCCUGUAACCAGGCUCAGCGUACAGUCACCCCAUAGUGAGCAGAGGUGAGCAUAGUGAGCUCAGGAAUUGGCUCCUCCUAGCAGGUGCCCACACCUGUCCACUCCAGGGCCACUCCAUACUGUGGCCCUCAGGACCCCAUUACCCAGCUCCCCCUCAGCCCCUGCUGCUG